CCAGUGCCGGGCCGUUAUCUGUAGAGAGUACGGUAGUGUCGCCUUAUCGGAGGUACAUACGAUUGACACAUGGGACGGACACUAGGUAGAGCGGGGCAUGUAUCUAGUAUUUACCGUGCCGGUUGGGUGGGUCGGUCGGUCGCUAUGUUUAGAGUGGGUAGUCAGGAGCUGUGAAGUGCAAAGUCGGCAUCCGGCCUGGCCGAACUGCGAAUCGUCGGAGUCGCAUGGAUGUGCCCGAGCAGCCCCCGAGAGGGCUCUGCGCUGGCAACCCGUCCUACCACCUACAAAGUUCCAACUUCAAACCCUUACUCUAGCGGACGCCGGAUUUAGACAUCGCCGGAUGCGAGAUUUGCUCCAGACUCCAGAGUCCAGGACUCUCCGGCCGCGGCCACGUAAACAUGUGGAACGAUAGUGGUGUAAGUGGCAACUUCCGUCCCUGCGGAUGGAUCCGUUCGUCUCUCGAGUCUCCCGCGAUGAGUAUCCGAAAGCCCUUGCGGAAGGUUC